UUACGCAACUAUUUUCGUUAGCUAACGUCUAAUGGUAUAUCGUAGGAUUUAAUCGCGUAAAAAGAAGCACCGUUAGCUCUUUACGCACCAUUGAAGCCCUACUGUUUCAGGAAUACUUCCGAGUAUGUUAGUCAGUAGGGCAGUAGUAACUAGUUGACUAUCAGUCAAUGUACAUUGUCGAGUAUUAUUUCAUUUUGAAUCAUUCUACUGGUAUCGAAGUGCAGUUUCUUCAAUCAUUUACAAAUAAACCAUUUUUUUUAUAUACAGCAGGAUUUAUAUCCAACAAAAUUAUGAAUUUGUUUACUUUCAUGAAACUGGGCUACGCGAUGCUGAUAGUUACAUUAUUGUUAAUGUUUUGGACCUCAAUGGCACGAAUGCACGAAUUACCAGUUCAAUAUCCACCAUGUUUCUUCAAUCCACUUUGCACCUGUUCAAAAGCAAUACCUGAUCUUGGAAUAGUUUCUUGUUACAAUGUACCAAUGCCACGUAUACCACAGCCUAUUAAUUCUUCCAAAGUUUUUAUGCUACAAUUGGAAAACAAUGGAUUGAUGUUCUUGCAACCACAAUUUUUAAUAAAUACAGGUCUUUACAAACUACAAAUCAAACAUAAUCCCUUGGCCGACAUCCCGGACGAAGCUUUCCUAGGGCUUGAGAGAUCGUUAUGGGAGCUAGAAUUACCCUAUAAUAGAUUAUUCAAAGUACCUAGCAAAUCUUUCAGACAUUUACAAAAAUUACGUCUUCUUGAUUUAACAGGUAACAAAAUAUCGCAUAUUGCGCCAGAAAAUUGGCGAGGACUCGAAGAUUCGUUGCAAAUACUUCGUCUUGGUCGUAACUCGAUCGACAAACUACCAGCCGAUGCAUUUGCCGGUUUAUCAUCGUUAGAAAUUCUUGAUCUUCGUGAGAAUACAUUGAAAGAAAUCGAUGCAUCUGUUUUUCGCGAUGGCAUGGCUAAAUUAACUCAUCUUUAUUUAAAUGACAAUCAAUUGGUUUAUAUACCAUAUGCUCAAUUGUCAUCGUUAAAACGUAUGAAGGUUCUUGAUUUAAGUUACAAUAGAAUUUCUAAAAUGCUUCAUCCACUUCACGAACCAGAAUUAAGGGGCGUACAAAUGUCAUUGGAUAUUCUCAGAUUGGAUUAUAAUCAAAUUGAAAUGCUUAUGCCAACCGAUUUUCAACAUUUUUAUAAAGUUAACAAAACUUAUCUCAAUGGUAAUCCUUUGACUAUUAUCGAGAGUGGAGCAUUUCGUGAUUCCAGAAUAAAAGAAUUAUACUUCAGUGAUUGUAAUUUAAUUGAAGUCAAUUCGGCUGAUUUUUCUGGAUUGGAAUCAUCCUUAGAAGUAUUGGAUUUGUCUGGAAAUAAUAUUACCAAUUUACAGAGUCAUUUGUUUCAAGAAUAUGAUUUUUUACGUACACUUAUUUUUCGUGAAAAUCGAAUAGAUACAUUUUCACCAGUCGAAGUGUUCAAUGGUUUUCAAUAUUCUUUAUAUAACUUGGAUUUAAGUGGGAAAGAAAAUAGCGUCAUUUCUUUACAAGAUUUACGACAAAUGAGAAACUUAAGAUUUCUGUCAAUAUCAAAGAUGCCUGAGUCGACAUUGGUACCAGAAAAUUUUCUUGAAUUUGGUAUGGACAUUAAAGAAUUGCAUAUCAUACAAAGUAACUUGAACGCUAUUAAAAAUCAUGCGUUCACUCAUGUUCGAGGAAUCAAAUAUUUGGAUUUUUCUGAGAAUUCUAUUUCUACAAUUGAGGAUGAUGCUUUCUCUGAGGUUGGUCAUUCUCUUUUGACGUUAAGAAUAUCGCACGGUUUAUCAAGUUCCAUUACCGAGAUACCUAACAAACCAUUUAAGUCUUUGACAAAUCUACAACAUCUUGACUUCAGUAACAACAAAAUUAAAUCUAUGCCAGACACAGCGUUCCAUUUUUUAAAGAGAAUUAAACGUAUCGAGCUUCAGGAUAAUGAAAUUGAUGCUAUUCCAAAAGGAACUUUUCAGGGUGACAUACAUUCAAUGCUGGAAGAAGUGAAUUUUGCUUUUAAUCAGAUUAAAAGCAUACAAACUCAUACGUUUGUAGAUUUGUUGUCAUUAAUGACUAUUAAUUUAGAAGAUAAUGCUAUUCAGAGAAUUGAAAGACGUGGAUUUAUGAAUAUGAAUCGUUUGAAGUAUAUCAAUUUACGUGGGAACAAGAUCACUGAUAUUACUGAUGAAGCAUUCCAGAACCUACCAGAUUUAGAAUUUCUCGAUUUGGCUUACAAUGACCUGAAUGAAUUCGAUUUAACUUCAUUUGACCAAGUUGGCACGUUAUCUUCCUUCAAAGUUAAUGUCAGUCAUAAUGAAAUUCCAAAAUUGUGGAUCAACAGUACCACCUUUACAUCACCAACCACAAUUGGUGGUAACAUGCAAGCCAAUAUCAAAGUCUUAGACCUAAGUUACAAUAAUAUAUCGGACAUUAUGAAAUACUAUUUUAAACCAGUGGAAUAUUCGCUUAGUCAUUUGUACAUGUCGCAUAAUCAACUGACCAACGUUACGCAAGGAAUAUUUGGCAACAUGCCUCACUUGCAAUGGCUCGAUUUAAGUCACAACGAUUUAAUCGAGGUCGAUUUUGAUUGUUUUAGAAAUACAAGAAAUUUACAGGUUCUUUUUUUAUCAUGGAAUAACAUCGCAGAUAUUCCGGCAGAUGCGUUGAGACCUUUGAAAAAAUUACGCAUCGUUGAUUUAUCACACAAUAGAUUGAGAUCAUUACCGGAUAAUAUGUUCACAGAUGCAAUCAUUGAGAGUCUUGAUCUUUCACAUAAUCAAUUUAUGAGACUUCCUGUUAAAACUAUGUCUAUAUCAGCGGCAAUGAGUUUAUCUAUUUUAGAUUUGUCUUGGAAUACUUUGUCAGGCAUUCACACAACCGAUGCUAUUUUCAGAUUGAGAGGAUUAACGUGGUUAGAUCUUUCAUAUAAUCGUUUAGUUAGAUUGGACGAUGGAGUAUUUUCUGAUUUACCUUAUUUAUCUCAUCUUGAUUUGAGUCACAAUAAACAAUUGAUAUUGGAAACUCGUGGACGAACUUUUCAUGGAUUGGAAGAUACACUUUUUUAUCUUGGUUUAAGUAACAUUUCUUUAUUGAGUGUACCAGAAUUACCAUUAACGAGAUUACAAAUAUUACAUUUAGCACACAACGAAUUGGCAUCGAUACCAGCUGAAAUGGCAUCAAAUUUAACGUCGUUACAUUAUUUGGAUUUAAGUUAUAAUGAUUUAACUGUAGUUCCUUUGAUCACACAUACUCUUCCAGAAUUAAAAACUUUUAAUUUGGCUAAUAAUCCAAUCACGGCUAUCACCAAUACAAGUUUCUUAGGUGUAGCCGAUAGUCUUGAAGAAUUGGAUAUACGAUGGUUAUCUUUAUCAACGUUUGAAGCUGGUGCUCUUUGUAAAGCAACGAAACUUAGAAGAUUGUAUAUAACUGCUUACACGGGUUUAAAACAAUUCAAUUUUCCUAAUAUUUUGGAAUACAAUCAUGGUUUAAGAGAUUUGUUGAUUGAUGUUGAAAAUGAGACUGAUUUACAGAAAGAAAUGAAAGGAAAAUUUCCAUGUAAAUUGUACAAUAUUACACUGACUGGGAAAGCUUUGAAAAUUAUUCAUUCGGAUAUAUUGAAAGGAAUAAGAAAUUCACAUUUACAUUUUGGAUUAUUUAAUACAAGUGUAAAUAGUGUACCAAAAGAAAUAUUUAUCAAUGCCGAAUGGGUGAGAAAUAUUACGGUUGAUCUUCAUCGUACUGAUACAAGAACACUUCAUAAUCCAUCAACUGGUCAUAAACCUGGUGUACCGAGAAAACAAUUUCUCAUGAAACUCAGAUUAGCUGGAAGUUAUAUGAAUUGUGAUUGUGAUAUUGGAUGGAUUGAAAUGUGGCAAAGAAAACACAGACAGUAUCAAGAAGAUAGAUGCAAUUCUUAUGGUGAAUUUAAUAAUUUUGAACGUGAGGAAGGUGAUGAAUUUAAUUGUUGGGACAAUGGCUCUGACGAUGAUCUAAGAGAAACAUUUUGUAUGAACAAAAAUAACAUGACCUUAUCCAAAGCUUUGAAAACUGAGAUCGAAUGUGGUUGGAGUUCUGGAAAUAAUAUUGGCACAUCUAACCUAUUCAUUUUUUUCCUUUUCUUGAUCACAGGAAUACAAUUAUAAAUUGAACAAGAUUUUUUUU